AUGACAACAUCUAGAGUAAGGGAUUUCAUUAGGAUAAAUCCUCCGAUAUUAAAUGGUUCUAAGAUUGAGGAAGAUCCUUAUGAGUUCAUUGAUGAGGUUUACAAUGUGUUGGCUAUUGUGGGAGUGACUCCGGUGGAAAAAUCAGAAUUGACCGCUUAUCAACUUAAGGGUGUUGCUCAAAUUUUGUUGAACCAAUGGAAGGUUUCGAUAAGGAUUUUCAGUCAAGGUUCCUCCAAUUCUCCUAGGUUUAACAAGGAGAGGGUGUCUAACCUUAAGCCUCAAGGAGGGAAUAGAAGUGGGUCUUUAUUGCCUACUUGUGCUAUGUGUGGAAGAAAGAAUGAAGGUAAAUGCCUUGCGGGUUACAAUGCUUGUUUUGCUUGUGGUAAUAUGGACCACAAGAUAAGAGAUUGUCCUUUAGUUGCUAAGAAUGCUGGAGAUAGUCAUUGUAGGGCUCAACCCUAUCCUUCAUCUAGUCCAAGUGGUUAA